AUGUCGACCGACUUGCCCCCCGAGAUCCCUUUCCCUUUGGACAAGCAGAUGCUCCCUGUCCCCGGGACCAAGCAGCCUGGAUUCUCCCACAUCUACAAGAGCGCCGCUCAGCCAGAAUUCAAGACCGAAAGCACCCUCUACGACGGGCUCCUCCGCGCCAAGAACGAAAACCUCAAGAACGAUUUGGCCGGUUGGAGACCUUGGAAUCCCGUCACCAAGGACUUUGAAAAGUUCUACGAGUGGUACACCUACGAAGAGGUCGAGGAGGAGCGAACCGCUAUCGGCUCGGGUCUCGGCUACCUCGCCAAGCAGGGUCGUCUCGGCGACGACGUUGGCGCCUCCGGAUGGACCGCCGGUCUCUGGACGCUCAACCGGCCUGAAUUCAUGAUUGUCGAUCUCGCCAACUUGGCCUACAGCCGUCGCACCAUCUCGCUCUACGAGACCUACGAUGCCGCCUCGGCCCAGUACAUUCUCAACCACGGAGAGACACGCAUCCUGUUCACCACCCCCAACCACGUCGGCGUCGUGCUCGCUGCCGCCCAAGAUGGCAAGCUUCCUCUGCUCAAAGCCAUCGUCAUGCUCGAUCCUUUCCGCCCCAGCAAGGAGAGCGUCAAGGCUGGCAUUGUCGAUCCCCAGCGCGACCUACUCGCCAAAGAGUGGGCAAAGACUUGCGGCAUCGAGGUCUUCAACUGGUUCGAGAUCCUCGACUUCGGUCGCAAGAAUUUGGCAGCUCACAUCCCGCCCAAGCUCGACACCAUCCACAGCUUUUGCUACACCUCAGGUACGACAGGAAACCCCAAGGCGGCCAUCAUCACCGCAGGUAUGGGUGGUUACGUCACCACCACCAUGGCAUUCAUCCGACGAGACGCUGUCACCCUCAUUUCGUAUCUCCCCACUGCCCACAUCUACGCGCGUCUCUGCGACAUUGCCGUCAUGCGCGCAGGCGGCCGCGUCGGCUACUUUUGCGGAGAUACGACCAGGCUUAUGGAGGAUAUGGCCAUCCUGAAGCCCCAGAUGUUCCCCUCGGUGCCGCGCGUGCUCAACCGCGUCGCCGCUUUGGUGCAAGCGCAAGCGUCGGCCCCCGGUCUCAAGGGUGCUCUCCUCCGCAAGGCGCUUGCCACCAAGAUUGCCAACCACGACCGCGACGGUACGCUGACCCACGCCGUCUACGACCGACUCAUCUUCAGCAAGGUCAAGGCGGUGCUCGGUGGCAACGUGGAGUAUGUCGUCUCGGGUUCGGCUCCUAUCCGUGGCGAGGUGCUCAAGCUACUUCGAGUUGUGCUUUCGUGCGAUGUGCGCGAGGGAUACGGCCAGACCGAGAACUACGGCUUCUGCACCAUCAUGUCUUCCAACGACAACAACCUCGGAUCCGUGGGUACCAUCUACCCGGGUAUGGAGCUCAAGCUUCGCGAUGUGCCUGAUUUGGGGUACACCUCCGACGACAAGCCGUUUCCCCGUGGUGAGGUGCUCGUCAAGUCGCAGAGCAACUUUGCCGGCUACUACAAGGACGAGGCCAAGACCAAGGAGACGCUCACCGAGGAUGGCUUCUUGCGCACCGGCGAUAUUGCUGCUAUCGACGAGUUCAACCGCGUCAAGAUUGUCGACCGUGUCAAGUCGCUGCUCAAGCUGUCUCAGGGCGAGUAUGUUGCCAUUGACAACUUGUCCGAAUUUUACGGUCAGAACCCGCUCGCCGCUCAGUUGCUCGUGCACGGUGACUCGUUGCGCGAUUAUUUGAUUGGCAUCUCGGUGCCCGAGCCCACGACGUUCGCGCCGCUCGUGAGCAAGAUCCUGGGCAAACAGGUGAGCGCCGAGGACACGGCGGCGCUCAGCGAGGCGUGCAAGGACGAAAAAGUGAUCGCCGCCUACUUGGACCAGUACACCAAGAUCGCCCGCAAAAACAAGCUCAAGGGCUACGAGUACAUUAAGGGUCUUUUCCUCACUAUGGAGCCGUUCUCGGUCGAGAAUGGCCUGUUGACCCCGACGUUCAAGGUCAAGCGUCACGAGGCGGUCAAGCACUUUGCCGACCAGAUCGAGGCGGUGUAUGCCAAAGGUCCGAUCAAUGUUACCAGCGGUCGUCCCAAAUUGUAG